AUGACUUCCAAUAAAUGCAGUCCAACAACCAAAAUCCUCAGCUAUAAAAAACCACCCCAGAUUGAUCAUCCUUCCACCAAACACGAAUCACAGAAGAUGGAGACCAUCAUGGAGAAACUGCAAAACCAACUCGACACAAUGCGGGAAGCACUUGCCAUGGUCCAAAACACUUUCGCCUGCAUCAACCAAACAAGGCAAGGCAUGAUAAACGAAGCUUCAGAGGAAAUGCCAUACAGACAUGUUGUCGUCACCAAAACCUUCAUCAACGACCUGGAUCAAGACACGGUGAUCAUGCUCGACAUCUUCCAGGCAAUGCAAGAGAACAUGGCUCCAACAACCGAGAUCUGCAAGAAAAUCAUCAACGACCACCAAGUCCCAUAA